CUAAGAGAGAGACAAAUGGCCAUGACAAGCUUCAGCUGCAGCCUUAACCAGCUGCCGCCUCCAGCUCAAAGCUUAGGCCCUUCUUCCCCUUCAAAGACGAAUCAAGUACAACUUGCAUGGAACAAAAGCGAGGGAGGAUCAUGGAGUAGCAGAUGUGUUGUGGGCAUGGCUUGUGUUAUGGUUGGGUUGGAGAUGGGUGGUUUGGUGAGUGGCCAAAGCCAUGAAGCUAUUGCUAAAGGUAUGCCGCCGUUGGUGAUGGAGUCAAGUGAGAAAGUUGCAAAGUGGAGUGACAAGAGAAUGUGCCCAAAGUGGAGAGCCAAUGAGCUGGAGACCAUUGUGCCGGAGAAUCUUCCGAGGCCGUCGGCUCACCGGAGAUGGGAAAUCGUCGGGUUUAAUACUAGGGAUGCUCCGGCGGUUAAGACGGUAGCUAGGAGGAGUAGCGGUGGUUGCUUUUCUAUGUAAAUAUAGUACACUGUUAAUUGUUGUGCAGUACGCCAAUACUUGUACCAUGUAAUCAUGUAUAGCCAAACACAGUAUACGUAAAUACAAUACAGAAGCUAUUUAGUGUUGGAUUCUUAUUAUUUUGAGGCCAGAAAUUCAAAAGGAAAAUGGAAUAUGUACUACAAACAAGUACUGGCUGCAAAUAUGCAUGAUAUUUGUGUCUUAUUCCCUUGUACUACGUCUAGUACAAAUGUACAAGGGACAUUCUUGACCUUAGGAGAGGAACAGAGACGAGAAAUAGAAUGAGUAAAUAUUCCCCUGUUUCAAAACAGAGUCGCUA